CCGCGCUCAGUCGGAGAGCAGAGCAGACCGAGCCAGCCUGAGCCAAGCGCCGCGCGUGCCCACCCACGAGGCCAGACAGCCUGAUUGUUGGUGUGAGAACUAUACUCCCAGUGGUGGUCCCUGAGCCAUGGAGGUGCCUCUGCAGACAGAGAUGGUGGAGCUGGUGCCCAAUGGCAAACACUUGGAGGGGCUGCUCCCAGUCAGCACACCCACAGCAGGCAACCAGAGAGCUGAGGACUCUAGACAGAGCUGUGUGGAAAGUAAGGGCUUCCUACAGAAAAGCCCCAGCAAGGAGCCACACUUCACCGAUUUUGAGGGGAAGACGUCGUUUGGGAUGUCAGUGUUCAACCUCAGCAAUGCCAUCAUGGGCAGUGGCAUCCUGGGACUCGCCUAUGCCAUGGCCAAUACAGGCAUCAUCCUUUUCCUGUUCCUAUUGACGGCCGUGGCCCUCCUCUCUAGCUAUUCCAUCCACCUGCUUCUCAAAUCCUCAGGAAUUGUGGGCAUCCGCGCCUAUGAGCAGCUGGGCUACCGUGCCUUUGGAACUCCUGGAAAGCUGGCAGCAGCCCUAGCCAUCACACUGCAGAACAUUGGAGCCAUGUCCAGCUAUCUGUACAUCAUCAAAUCUGAGCUGCCUCUUGUCAUACAGACAUUCUUGAACCUGGAGGAGAAGACCUCGAUCUGGUACAUGAAUGGGAACUACCUGGUGAUCCUGGUGUCCGUCACUGUCAUUCUGCCCUUGGCACUGAUGCGGCAGCUUGGCUAUUUGGGCUAUUCCAGUGGCUUCUCUCUCAGCUGCAUGGUGUUCUUCCUAAUUGCUGUCAUCUACAAAAAGUUCCAAGUGCCCUGUCCCCUGCCUCUCAACUUAGCCAACGUCACUGGCAACUUCAGCCACACAGAAAUCCUUGAGGAGAAAGUGCAGCUGCAAGGAGAACCUGAGGCUGCUGCCCUCUGUACCCCGAGCUACUUCACACUCAACUCACAGACAGCAUAUACCAUACCCAUCAUGGCCUUCGCCUUCGUCUGCCACCCUGAGGUGCUGCCCAUCUACACAGAGCUCAAAGACCCCUCCAAGAGAAAGAUGCAACAUAUCUCCAACCUGUCCAUUGCCGUCAUGUACGUCAUGUACUUCUUGGCUGCUCUCUUCGGCUACCUCACCUUCUACGACGGGGUGGAGUCAGAGUUGCUGCACACCUACAGCAAGGUGGACCCAUUUGAUGUUCUGAUCCUGUGUGUACGCGUGGCCGUGCUGACAGCUGUCACACUCACAGUGCCGAUUGUUCUGUUCCCGGUGCGCCGUGCCAUCCAGCAGAUGCUAUUUCAGAAUCAGGAGUUCAGCUGGCUGCGGCAUGUGCUCAUUGCCACUGGUCUGCUCACGUGUAUCAACCUGCUGGUUAUCUUUGCCCCCAACAUCCUGGGCAUCUUUGGGAUCAUCGGUGCCACAUCUGCCCCGUGCCUCAUUUUCAUCUUUCCUGCCAUCUUCUACUUCCGAAUCAUGCCCACUGAGAAGGAGCCUGCAAGAUCCACCCCCAAAAUUCUGGCCCUUUGCUUUGCUGUUCUUGGCCUCUUGCUGAUGACCAUGAGCUUGAGCUUCAUCAUCAUUGACUGGGUCUCAGGAACCAGCCAGCAUGGAGGAAACCACUAG